AUGAGACGAACAAUUAUUCACAACUUGGAUAAAGAAACUAAUAUGGAGUGUGAUAAUAGGAUGAAUGAGCUCAAAGCUUUUGAUGAGACAAAAGCAGGUGUUAAAGGGCUUGUUGAUGAAGACUUUACAAAUACAAGGCAAGAUAUUAUAAACAAAAUAAAAGAAGCUUCUGAGACAUGGGGUUUCUUUCAAGUGGUUAAUCAUGGCAUUCCUUUGAAAGUUCUCGAGGAUAUGAAAGAUGGUGUGGUUAAAUUCUUUGAACAAGAUACUGAGGUAAAGAAAGAGAUGUAUACUAGAGACCGGACAAGACCGUUGGUUUAUAAUAGUAAUUUUAAUUUGUAUAGUUCACCAGCACUUAAUUGGAGGGACACUUUUAAAUGUAACAUUGCUCCUAAUGCUCCCAAACCUGAAGAUUUGCCAGUUGUAUGCAGAGAUAUAGUUCUAGAAUAUGGAGCGCAUGUAGAGAAACUUGGAAUCACACUGUUUGAAUUACUAUCAGAAGCUCUUGGAUUGAAUCCAAAUCAUUUGAAAGACAUGGAUUGUUCUAAGUGGAUUAUGUUAUUUGGUCAUUACUAUCCUGCUUGUCCCGAACCAGAAUUAACAAUGGGAACCACCAAACACUCUGAUGGUAGUUUCCUCACUGUGCUUCUCCAAGAUCAUAUCGGUGGCCUUCAAGUUCUUCACAAGGACAAGUGGGUUGAUGUACCUCCAAUCUCUGAGGCUCUUGUUGUUAAUAUUGGCGAUGUUCUGCAGCUUGUAACAAAUGAUAGGUUCAAGAGUGUUGAACACAGAGUAGUGGCAAAUAUCAUUGGUCCUAGAGUCUCAGUUGCAUGCUUUUUUAGGGGACAAGAAAAGGUUUAUGGACCAAUAAAAGAGUUGUUAUCAAAAGACAAUCCUCCGAUAUAUCGAGAAACCACUUUUUCCAAUUAUGUAGCUUACUACCAUGCAAAAGGACUUGAUGGCAGUUCUGCUCUUCCACAUUUCAAGAUCUGA